GAGAAAGAGAGACUGAUUUGAAUCCUCAAUCUGAUUACAAAAAUGUCUACGCUUCCACCGACGUUACCGGAUUUUCCGACUACUUUGCCACCGCCGGCACCACCUUACACCCACCGUCAUCGCCAUGGAUUUCCUGUCUUACAUUCGGUACUUGCAGGAGUACUAGUGUUUUCACUUUUCAUAGUUCUUGCAAUUGCAUACAGAAAACUUUCGCGAAAACGUACGGCUCCCUCGGAUCUGAAGUCUCCUCUGCAACAGCCGCAGCAACAGCUGCAGCAGUUCUCGUACAAUGUUCUCCGUCGUGCUACGUCGGCAUUCGCUGCAACUAAUAGGCUCGGGCAGGGAGGAUUUGGUUCGGUUUACAAAGGCGCGCUUCCGUCCGGUAAGGAGAUCGCCGUGAAGCUUAUGAACGGUUCCGGAUCGUUGCAAGGAGAGAGAGAGUUUCACAAUGAGCUUUCCUUAUCCACGCGGAUCAACGGCGCGUGUGGUGCACAUUCACGUCAUGUUAUUUCGGUUUUAGGAUUCUCCUCCGAUCAGAACCGGCGGCGCCGUAGGAAAAUGUUGAUUGUGUACGAGUAUAUGCAGAACGGUAGCUUACAAGACGCGUUGUUGUAUCGUAAGUGUCCUGAGCUUAUGGAUUGGAAAAUUAGGUUUAUGAUUUUACUAGACGUAGCUAAAGGUAUCGAGUUUCUCCACUUUUCUUGCGAUCCACCGAUUGUUCAUUGUGAUAUUAAGCCUUCUAAUGUGUUACUAGACUGUAGUUUCAAUGCGAAAGUAGCUGAUUUCGGUCUGGCAAGAGUUUUAGGUGUAGAUGAGAAUGAGAUUAUUGAAAGUUUUCUCGAGUGCGGUGAAGAAGAAGGCGAUCAAGAAACAGAAACAGCUGAUGAUAACAAUACAGAUGUUGAGAAAAAGAGAGAGAACAUUGGUGAUUAUAGAGAAGAAAACAGGUCAGUGGCAGAGGAGACUGAGAGUGUGGCAACCGGAGAGGUUGUAGUGAAUAUGGAUCCCUUAUCACCGGAGAGCUGUUCUGUUACGAUUGUGGAUGUGGAGGCGCCGACUUCUGAGUAUUUGGAAAGGGCAAGUGUGUCCGAUCAGGUCAGUGUUGAUAGCAGUAAUCGGAGAUUUUUGGGGAGAAAGAAGAGUGCAGGUGGUCCUGGAGGAGGUGGUUCAGGAAGGGAUUGGUGGUGGAAACAGGACAGUUGUGGUGGUGAUUCAGGGAGAGUGAAAGAUUAUGUAAUGGAGUGGAUUGGAAGCGAGAUAAAGAAAGAGAGGCCCAAGAAAGAUUGGCUCACUACUACAGAUCCAAUCUCAACAGAGCUUGAAGCCAGUACAACCAAUGCACCCCAGAAAAAGCAGAAAAGGAAAUCUGAAACCGAAAAGAAGAAUCGGAAGCCGAGAGAAUGGUGGAAAGAGGAGUUUUGUGACGAAUUAUCCAAGAAGAAGAAGAAGAAGAAGAAAAGGGGAAGUAACAAUGGAGAAAUGUGGUGGCAACAUGAUGAAGAAUUUGUGCCACAAAAGAAAAAGAGUAAAAGUAGUAGUAAAGGAAGCAUUGAUUGGUGGUUAGAAGGUUUGAGUGGUGAAUUCCGACACCGGAGAAGAAAUAGCCAAGAAUGUGCCGGUGGAGAAAUCCCCAAAAGUGGUGGUAUUAGCAGCACUCCUAGCAUGAGGGGAACUGUUUGUUAUAUUGCCCCAGAGAAAUGCGAUGGUGGGCAGCUCUCCGAGAAGAGCGAUGUAUAUAGUUACGGCGUUUUGCUACUGGUUUUGGUUUCCGGCCGAAGGCCACUGCAAGUAACAGCCUCUCCAAUGUCCGAAUUCGAAAGGGCUAAUCUUAUUUCAUGGGCUAGGCAGUUAGCACGUAACGGGAAACUCUUAGAUCUUGUUGAUCCCAAUAUUCAUUCACUGGAUCAAGAACAAGCAAUGCUCUGCAUCACAACAGCGCUCCUAUGUCUACAACGAUCGCCUGUAAAGCGUCCUACAAUGAGAGAGAUUGUCGGAAUGUUAUCCGGCGAGGCUGAGCCACCUCAUUUACCGUUCGAGUUCUCUCCAUCACCGCCAACAAAUUUUCCGUUCAAGUCCCGGAGAAAACCCGGGUGAGUUCAUCACAAAGUUUUAUUCUACUAUCAAUGAUGGUAAAGCAUGCAUUCCUCUUUGUUAAUCUUUACCAAAAAGAAAAAGAAACAAAGUAUACAGGUUGCUUCGUUUGCAAACUCAUCGACAAUUUCUUGUUUUCUGAAACAAAUUACAAAUUAAUUGCAA